AUGGAGAAGGAAAUCGACGACUUGCAAAUCAGCACGGACAGAUUCAACGGGUAUCCAUGGUCAACGCAAAACUCAAUCAACACCGGAUUUUAUCACGUUAGUUCGAACAACAAGACCACAACGUUAUUCGAAACCUGGUACGACCGAAGAACCAGUUCCGCCGGCAUUAAAGAACAGGAUGUUGUUCUAGCCGGAUUGAUAAUAAAAGAAGGCGUCAUCCAGAAACUAGGGUUGAGGACAAGGUUUCUCGACAACGAUCAUUUCAGUGGGUUUUGUACGGACAGCAAAGAAGUCAGUUUGGUGGUCACCGUCCACGCGAACUGCUGCCGGAGUAUUGGCGCUAAGGUGGCGGAUUUGACUAGGGUUUUGAAAGAUUGGAAGACUUUUAGAGAUCUGAAUAACACUAGUAAUGCUACGGAUUCAAUCUUAACAGCCAAAGACACACGACUGAUGUUGCAUUAA